AUGGCGACCUACUCGUCGGCCUCCUUCGUCAUCACAUCCGCGACCUCCCGCACCAUCAUCGCCGCCCUCCUCAUCGACCCCGAUGUCGCGAGCGCGCAUGACAUCCUGGUCAACACUCCCGUCCCCUCAGUCUCUACCCCUACCAGCACUCCCACAGAUAUCGCGGUGCCAGCAGCGCUUGGGUCCUCUAAGCACUCACCCGCCUCGGUGCAGCGGUGUUCGGCAUCGAUAAGCCCGUCGCGCCGUUGA